AUGCCACCCAAGAAGAAGACCGCAGCAGCCGAAGGCGGCGCAUUCCGCUGGACGCUGGAGAACGAGAAGAAGCUCCUCAUCCUGACACAAGGACGCUACCUUACAGCCGAAGACUACGAGCGUAUCGUUGGCGUGUUUCCUGGAACCUCCAUCAAAGGCGUGCAAGUCCGCGUCUCCCUCCUCCGCGUCGAACAACGCAAACUCUACGAAGAAUACGGCUGGACACUGCCCGAAGGCGGCGCUAAGGCAAAGACGCCUGUUACUACUCCGCGCAAGACACCCGGUGGCAAGAAACGUGGUGUUGAUGCAGUCGAGGGCGAUGGCUUAGAUGAGGACGAGGUGGCUACGCCGAGCAAGAAACCGCAUGCCAAGAAGGCUAAGACCAAGAGCAAGAAGGAGGAGAGUGCUGAGGAUGCGGUUGAAGAAGAUGGUAGUGAGGAAGGAGGCGGCGAUGGAAAGAACGUUGGUGUCAAGGAUGAGGUUCUUGAUGAGGAGCUUGAUGAGAUGGUUUAG